UUCGAAAAUCCGACCGUUGAAGAAAUCCGACCGUUGAAAAAUCCCUCUCUUUCUCUUCUUCCCCUCCAAACACACCCCAUUUUUUCACUCAUCCCGAUUCCCAAAUCUCUCUCUAUCCUGAUUAUUCUUACUGUCGCAAAUCUUCUUCCCCUUCCCUCUCCCCCUUAACAAUCAAGGAACUAAAAUGGAAGAUUUAAGUGCAACUGUAAUUGAUGAGAUUUAUGAAUUCUCUGCUCCAAAAUUUUUCGAUUUCAUUAAUGGUGAAUCUGAUCAAGAGAAGCGUAAUGCUGAACUGUGGUUUGAAACCGCUCUUAGUCACGCCCCUUCACCUUUUAUGCUCAGAAUUAGGGCUGCUAGAUCUGUUCAACUUAGUAGCAUCUGUGAUUUUGGUGAUGAUACUCAGGAGACAACGAAGGCACCUGAAUUACUUGAGCCAACAAAGGAAUUAUCAUCAAAGCCAGAACAGACUUCUUUUAGGCACCAAAACAUCGAAGUAUCCACUGAACAGGAAGAGAAUUCGAACCCGAAUUUGAUCAACGCGAAAACCGCUAAUGAGGAAUCUAUUGAUGAGCGAAGUAAUGAAGCAGCAUCAUGUGAUAAAACUUGCAGAAACAAAAGUACUGUGAAAGAAGCUGCCCCUGAUGUGAAAAUUGAACAGGAAAUUCAGGAAAAAUCUGUUGCGAGUCGUCCUUCACAAGAUGUGUGCACGCCUAAACCGCUAACGGUUGCACGUAAAGGAGGACGAACAACCACCGAAUCAAAGAGGCAGCAGACAGCCAAAAAGAUUGCUAGUGCGUUAAUGAAUCCAUCAGCAUUGAAGUCAAAAAUCCAAUCACAUACAGGAAGUGCUAAACCUGCUGGCGUGAGGAGUAACAGAAAGACUUGCAACUUAAGCAGUGCUACUGGGACUCCUAACUUGGUUCAGGAAAACCAAGCCAUUAAGAGGCAGAAGCUAGAAGAUGGAAAAACUAGGCAGAUUCUCAGCAUCAAACCUCCAAAUUAUCUGCACAAAACUAGACCGGGUGUCGCCACGAGCUCAUCCAACGUAUGCGCUUUGACAACUAAAACUGCCAAAGAAGAUAGAAAAAUUUAUGUUAGGGAUCCACCAGUGCAACCAGUGCCUUUCGUUUCGACGGCAGAGUUCUUGAAGAAAUUUCAAUCAAGCACAAGAAACUUGUCACUGCCUAACAGCUCACUGUCACAAGGAAAGCCUAGACUGCAAUUGACAAGACCCAAAGAACCUGAGUUUGUUACUUCACAAAGGGUUCGUUUGGUAAAAGUGAAGAGCUCAGAUGAGCUUGAGCAAGAAAUGAUGGCUAAGAUGCCAAAAUUUAAGGCACGUCCAUUGAACAAAAAGAUUCUUGAAGCUCCUUCUCUACCUCCACUGCCCAAGAGUCUUCCUCCAAAGCCAGAAUUCCAGGAAUUCCAUUUGGAGACAAUGGAAAGAGCAAAUAAGAAUGCAGAUUCAUCCUCGGUGAUUUCGACCAAUUCUGCACAUCAGAAAUCUCAGUGGAAACCUAAUCGUUUAACUGAACCAAAAACACCGGUGCUGCAAACAUCCUUACGAGCACGUCCAACUAAGGUAAGAAGUUCACUGGAAAUUGAGCAGGAAGAGCUGGAAAAGAUACCGAAAUUUAAGGCUCGACCUUUGAAUAAAAAGAUAUUUGAAAGUAAGGGAGAAAUGGGGAUGUUUUGCAACAUCAAGAAACAAGUAACUGUACCCCAAGAAUUUCAUUUUGCAAUUGAUGAAAGGAUUCCCCCACCUUCAUCUGUUGCAGACCUAUUUGACAAGCUUUCAUUAAAUUCUGAGUCAAAUCACGAUAACAUCAUCUUGAGAAUUACGAGGCCAAAUCCAUUCCAUCUUUAUACAGAGGAAAGAGGGACAGAGAAAGAAAGAAGGUUUAUCACCGAAGUUGUGCAUAAACAGAUAGAGGAGGAGAAAGCCAGAGUUCCCAAGGCUACCCCCUAUCCUUACACCACUGAUUUCCCUGUGAUUCCGCCUAAGCCAGAUCCUAAAGAGUGCACUCAGCCCGAACCUUUCCAGCUCGAGAGUCUAAUCAGGCAUGAGAACGAAAUGAGGAGAGAAAUGGAGGAAAGACUUAAAAAGGAAAGGGAAGAAGCUCAAAUGAGGAUCUUCAAGGCGCAGCCAGUUUUGAAAGAGGAUCCAAUUCCUCUUCCUCAGAAAGAACGUAAACCCCUUACGGAUGUUCAGGAAUUUAACCUUCAUUUAGAGCACCGUGCAGUUGACAGAGCGGAAUUUGAUAAGAAAAUUAAGGAAAAAGAAGUGAUGUACAAAAGAUACAGAGAAGAGGCCGAAGCUGAAAAACAGAUGGAAGAAGAGAAGGCCUUAAAGCAACUACGGAGGACUUUGGUGCCCCAUGCUCGACCAGUGCCCAAGUUCGCCAACCCAUUUGUACCACAAAAGUCUUGCAAGGGUCCAACAAAUCCAAAAUCCCCAAAACUGCGAGUUCUUCAAAGGAAAGAAAGAAAGGUAUCGGCAGGUUCCGAGAUUAAGUCUGCUCAAUCUGCAGCAGCUGCACAAAUGAGAUGAUCAAGUGUAGACGGUGUCGUGUUCAACAACUCUGUGAACCCUUUAGGGGGCUUUGUGUAAUGGAAUCAACAAGAUUACAUUCUCUAAUUCUUUAUACAUAUUGUAAUUGUUAUUGUAGUAUUGUAAAGGUAGUGAACAUGAAGAUUUGUGCAACAAUGUAAGCAUCAUAUGGAUUUUUUUGUAUUCUGAGAGCUUUUACGCUUUUUGUCGUUGCAUCUCUGCAUCGUUUUUGCUCUUAAAAAUCGUUUCUGCUCUAUUGUCAUUUAAGUUAAAACAUAGUCAUAUGAGAUCUUGUUUGAAU